AUGAAGCCAUUCACAUUUGCUUUCUGGCCGCUGGCUCUGUUCUCCAGCCAAGCGGCAGCUCUGCCUCACAUCGACCCCGAGACCCCGAUCCCGCUCAACGCAUUCAGGAUGCGUGACAUAGGCGGUCGGGAUCCUCAUAUGGGUAUCGACCCGGAGACGAUCCGCAAGUACGCGUCGAUGGUUCCUGAAUCUCCAGGUCUCGGCAAGCGGGUGGUGGACUUUGACCCCAAGGAGCAGCUCGUUGAUGUUCAUGGAGAUCACGAGUUCAUGCCCCCGGAUUGGGAGGCUGGCGACGUUCGCGGUCUCUGCCCCGGUUUGAACACUCUGGCCAACCACAACUACCUGCCUCGCAACGGCGUGGCAACCUGGACCGAAUAUGUCACCGCAGUUGCCAAGGUCUGGGGCAUGGCGCCGGAUCUCUCGGCCCUCCUCACCACCCUGGGCGUCGUUCUUGGAGGCGACUUGAUCUCUGUCUCACAAGGCGGCUGGUCAAAGUACAUGACCGGCAACCUGCUCGGCUUGUUCGGUACCCCCCGCGGCCUCAGCGGCUGCCACCCUUUGUUCGAGGUUGAUGGCAGUCCCACGCGUGGCGAUCUCUACGACCCUACUGGCGACAACAACAACAUGAACUUCUCCUACUUCAUGGACCUGUACAACCUGCAGAAGGACGCCGAGGACCCCAACUACAGCAUCGAGGUCCUGUACGAACACAACAAGAACCGCUGGCACCAGACCAUUGCGACGAACCCCUUCGCCUGGUUCGGCCCAGCCAGCGGCUGGCUCGUCCGUGCCAGCCCGUACUCCUUCACUGCUCGCCUGGUGGCCAACCGCUCCGCCGAAUACCCGGAUGAGGGCAGGAUUAGCAAGGAGGCCCUCAAGAGCUUCUUUUCUGUCUACGGCCCCGAGGAAAACAUGACAUACGUCAUCGGCCACGAGCGCAUCCCUGAGAACUUCUACCGCCGCCGUUACACUGACUACACCAUUCCCGCUAACGCGCUGGACAUUAUUACGUAUAGCCACCCCGAGGUCCUGAGCAUCGGUGGAAAUACAAAUGGCGUGAACACUUUCGUUGGCAUCAACCUGGACGAUCUGAGUGGAGGUGUUCUUAACGCACAGAACCUGCUGCAGGGCAACAAUCUGGUUUGCUUCGCCCUCAACGCGAUCAAGACUGUAUCCCCCAACGCACUGUCUUCCCUCUACGCCACUCUGUCGACUGUCACGGACCUCGUCUUCGCUGCUCUUGAGCCCGUCAUGGGGGCAAUGAACUGCGCUGUCUACGAUGACCUUUCUGUGAACGGAACCAACUGGUUGGACUUUAACAAGAAGACUUACCCUGGUUUCAAGAAGGCUGGUGGUGGCUGGUAG